GUGUGGUUUUUCACAAAGUCAGAAAAGAGCAUAUGUCAACCAAGCAGACAGCUGAGUAGUGUGUCACUUCACUCAGUCCUCUUUGUUUCAUGUGUUAAAGUUUGCAGCUUACUUUGACCUUUUCUUCGUUAACAUGGACAGUGCCUUCGACAACCUGGAUGCAGCGGGUUUUCUGGAAAUCUGGCAACACUUCGAUGCAGAUGAUAACGGCUACAUUGAGGGCAAAGAGCUUGAUGAAUUUUUCCGUCACAUGAUGAAGAGACUCGGUCCACAGGAGAAAGUGACUGAGGAGAGAGUCCAGAGACUGAAGCAAAGGUUUAUGUCGGCCUACGAUGUUACUGCUGACGGGAAACUACAGAUUCAGGAGUUGGCCAAUAUGAUCCUCCCUGAAGACGAGAACUUCCUGUUAGUAUUCCGCAGAGAAGCUCCUCUGGACAACAGCGUUGACUUCAUUAAGAUAUGGAGGAAGUAUGAUGUCGACUGCAGCGGCUACAUAUCAGCUCAGGAGCUCAAGGCCUUCCUGAAAGACCUGUUCCUAGAGCAUCACAAGGAAGUGUCGUCCGACAAGCUUGAGGAGUACACAGACACAAUGAUGAAAAUCUUUGACAGAAACAAGGAUGGCUGUUUGGAUUUGAACGACUUGGCCAGAAUCUUGGCUUUAGAAGAGAAUUUCCUGCUCCAGUUCCAAAUGGAUGCCUGCGGCAAAGAGGAGCGAAAGAGAGACUUUGACAAGAUCUUUGCCCAUUAUGACGUUAGUAAGACAGGAGCACUGGAGGGUCCCGAGGUCGACGGUUUAAUCAAAGAUAUGAUGGGGCUAGUCAGGCCCAACAUCACCGGUCCCGAGCUGGACAAGCUGCGAGUCGUCCUGCUGCGUCACUGUGACGUCAACAAGGACGGAAAGAUCCAGAGAAACGAGCUGGCUCUGUGUCUGGGCGUCAAACCUAAAGCUUAGUUAGGAAAAUCAAGAACACUGUGUCUGCAUUUGUUGUAUAGUCAGUAAUGGUGGAGUGUUGUUUCGACGUGUCUGACUACGGGAUUACUUAAAGGUCAAUGUUCAUGAAGAGUUAUUUGAUCCUGGAUGUGAUAGAAAAAAACAAGCUGAUACUGCGUGAUGAAAAACAAAAUGAAUUUAUGCAUCUGCUAUGACUUGAAAUGACAGUGUUUCCUGUGCAUGUUGUCAGCCAAAGGAGGAGGAUGAGAUGUGAAUGUGAAAUGAUUGAUUGAUUUGUGUUUUAUUAAUCUCAAUUUUAUUAAAUAAGUUUGUUAGUCGGUGAACAUGUUCGUGUAGAUAUAAAGGUCUGGUCUUUAGUGUGGAGCUGGAGUACAUUGGCCAAUUCUUAUGUUUGGGCAUUCGCAUGUUUCUCUGCCUAAGGACACUUGUAAGCUUAAUACAAUGUGCUGAUGAAUGAAUAAAAUGAUGACAAGUGAUGAGAAUA